AUGGCCGAAUCCUACGAGUACCGCAAGAAGCUCGACGAGCAAGUCAAGGAGACGAUCAACCAGAGGCUUGUCGAGUCGGGCGAGAAGGAGCGGCUCAAGGAAGCGUUGCGGCAAAAGCUCACCGCGUGUGGCUGGCGCGACGAGAUGCGCAUGUACUGCAAAG